GAAGAUUUAUUCAAGCCUUUCUCAGCUUGGUUGAGUCAUUUGAAAGAUGUAUAUUUUUAACGACAUCAGUCAGAAAGCAGCAUCUGUCACAGCAGCAUUGCAGAUGGACUAAAGCAGCCUCGCUCCCUGCAUCCCCAUCCUCCCCUCAACACACACACACACACACACCCCUACCAUGGAUCCAUGCCCCUCCACCAUCCUCUGCAUUCAGCCGUGAUCCACCGACAGAAACAGCCUCACUCUAACCGCUGUAUUUUAUUAUUCACAUUACAGCUGCUUUUUUUGUUGAUCCAGCUGCGGAAUGAAGUCGCUGCUUUUCUCAGCACUGCGGGAUAAAACCAUGAAGCCCUGGCUGCUGUUCGCGCUGCUCGGUCUGGGUUCCGCCACUGGUCCCAGUAAACAGGAGGAUGAAGAUUAUGAAGAUGUUCCUAUAAAUAAAACCUGGGUCCUAUCGCCUAAGGUCUAUGAAAGCGAUGUGACUUUGAUCUUGAAUAAACUGCUGCAGGGUUACGACAACAAACUUCGACCUGACAUUGGAGUACGGCCGACAGUGAUUGAAACAGCAGUUUAUGUCAACAGUAUUGGACCAGUGGAUCCUAUCAACAUGGAGUACACCAUUGACAUCUUCUUUGCCCAGACGUGGUAUGACAGCAGACUGAAGUUCAACAGUUCAAUGAAGCUGCUCAUGCUCAAUAGUAACAUGGUAGGCAAAAUCUGGAUUCCCGACACCUUCUUCAGGAAUUCCCGAAAAUCUGAUGCCCACUGGAUCACAACUCCCAACCGACUUCUGAGGCUGUGGAGUAAUGGGAGAGUCAUGUACACGCUAAGGUUGACUAUUAAUGCGGAGUGUUACCUUAAGCUGCAUAACUUUCCAAUGGAUGAACACUCAUGCCCGCUGGAGUUUUCGAGCUAUGGUUAUCCAAAAAACGAGAUCACAUAUAGAUGGCAACGGAGGGCUGUGGAGGUGGCCGACCAGCGCUACUGGAGACUCUACCAGUUUGCUUUUGUAGGGAUGAGGAAUACCACCGAUGAGGCUCACACACAGUCAGGUUUGACAAAAUCCUCUUAUAUACUGCAGCUUUACCUGCAACAAUCUAAAAAAAUCAUUCUAUCAAUCUGUAUAUAUCUUUCAGGGGAAUAUGUCAUCAUGACAAUCUUUUUUGAUCUGAGUCGGCGGAUGGGCUACUUCACCAUCCAGACCUACAUUCCCUGCAGUAUGAUUGUGGUCUUGUCCUGGGUCUCUUUCUGGAUUAACAAGGAUGCCGUACCAGCUCGGACAUCUCUAGGAAUCACUACAGUACUCACCAUGACAACUCUGAGCACCAUCUCUAGAAAGUCUCUGCCGAAGGUUUCCUACAUCACUGCCAUGGAUCUGUUCGUCUCUGUCUGCUUCAUCUUCACCUUUGCGGCUCUCAUGGAGUAUGGCACAUUGCACUACUUCACCAGCAACCGGCAGACCAAGAAGGGUAAAGCAAACAACAGUGCUCAGCAGAAAGUCCCAAGCAUGGUAAAUAUCCGACCUGGAACGUCCCUGUUGCAGAUGAACAACAUUGUGCCAUAUCACGAGGAUGACGACUAUGCAUAUGACUGUUUAGAUGGAAAAGACUGCGCCAGUUUCUUCUGCUGCUUUGACGACUGUCGAUCGGGGGCCUGGCGAGAAAAUAGGAUGCACGUACGGGUGUCAAAAAUAGAUUCGUACUCGCGGAUAUUUUUUCCUACAGCUUUUGGCCUUUUUAAUCUAGUUUACUGGAUUGCUUAUCUGUAUUUAUAAAACAGAAUGCUUAUUUAUAAACAAAUUAGCUGGAGUUUAACAUCUGCAAACAGCUGCUUUUAGAUAAGAUAUAAAUUACACGGCAAACUUUUGCUUUGAUAAUAUUAAAGGCCCGGCUGCAGAGAGGCAUGGCAUAUUAGUAAUAACAGCUUCAACACCUUUUCCCUGCACAGCAAUCAGGAAACAGGAUCAAAAUUUGGCUAUUUCUUCUGGAAAUUAGCUGUAAUAUACUGUUUGCACAUGUAAAAACUCCAGUGUACACAGAGGAACUAUUGCCAUUAAUCUUUACUACAACAGCCCUAAUGUUUCUCUUUGCCACUUUGCAUUGAUAUCUUGCUUUACACUUUGCAGCUGGAAUUAAAUCAAUUGGAAAAUAGGUUCCUUGACUUUUCUCAGAAAAGCCAGUAACUUAUCCGAACAAUAAGUGAUUAAUGUUAUUCUGAAGAAUCAGGGAACGUACCUUUAAAAAUACAACUCACUGUCCUCCUUUUCUGUGGACUAUCAGGAGCGAUGACAGUUGUUUUUAGGGCAGACAGAUUUUAUACUUUUAUGAAUUAUGUGUUGCAAAAAAAGACUGAGUUAAUGCCCUGUUCAGGUUAACACAUCAGUUCUUAAUUCAACAUUUCCAGCUGUAAAUUGAUUGUUUUCUUACUAAAAAAGUUCAUUUGGAUCCAUGAAAGCCUGCACAUAACUUUAUACAGGUCUGUGGCAUAAGAACUUCUCAGUAACAUUUUCCUAUAUUUCAGUACAGCAAUAGAAAUAUAAAGGGCAGCUUUUGGUAGCAUAUUGAUUGUCAAAGAGAAGAAGUACCCAUUUAGAUAAUUUUAUUCAUCAUUCAUGUAUUGAAAAAGAUCAUUUAUUUGAAAAGUAAAGAAUUUCACUUGUAUUAUUCUGAUAAGGGUUAUUAGAUUACACAACUUUCAAUUUUUUGUCUUUUAGUUUUAGUUGAAGGCGAGCUCUGUCCUGCAACAGAAAUAUGGAGAAGGCCAAUGUGACUGAAAUGAAAAAGAACCAAACCCCUCUGUAACAGAACAUACUUCUUGAAAAAGGAGAGGCUGGGAUCAUAGCAGCAAAGCCAGUGCAUACUGUCUCCAUAUCUGUAUUCCAUGCUAUACAUACAUUCCUGCAUUUUGGAUUGUACGUCGCAAAUCUUUGCAUUUUUUACACCUUGUAAUGUUCCUGAGCCUGACCAGUCAGAAUA